GACAGUUCAAGGGGUGCCAACAGGGAUCACAGGAGCGGGUUGGAGACCUGGGCAGUCAUGAGGCCCCGCAGGCCCGUGACAGUGUACAGCAUGUCGAAGCCACAGGGUCACAGCAACAGGUUCAGUGCGAUGUUUUUGAGCAAAGAGACAAGCAAGAGCCGGGUGCUGAGGAGGUACUGGUAGCACAGAUGAAGGACGCAGUGCCACAGAUCAGUCAAGAGGUUGUUAUCGUUGAGGCUAGCCCUGAGGAGAAGCCCAGUGGUAACAGUGCACAGGAGCAGGAGGCUCGACAACUUUGUGAGGACAUCAGUGUGCUUUUGCAGCCUCUAAAGCCGGGGGUGGCGGUGCCAGCAGAGGUCGAGCGGAAACUGGUUGUUUUGAUUGAGAGGCUGGAGCAGGCUGCGCAAGAGCAUAGCCCAUUUUGGGAGCUAGGCCUUUGUGCAAACAUGCUUGCCAGACCGUCUUUACAUGCUGCGUUGCAUGAUGAGACCAGCUUACAGCAGCCUGUCGACGGCUCCAGUGUGGCGGCUCUGCCAGCCCAAAGUCCUGACAACAUGUCAUACAUGCCCGAUGCGAGCGGCAGCACAACAACAUCCGAGGAUCUUGUCAUCGGUUUCGCCAAUGUCACCUCCUGCAAUCCAAGUGUCAUCACCUGGCUAGAGCGGGGCACUGUGGAGGCUCUGCAAUGGAAGCUCAUAGGUGCCGGUUAUGAGGCCAUCGGUGUCCAGGCCCAGGGCCUCACUUACACCUUGAUCAGUCUCUAUCUCAAAGAUACUGAAGGCCCGACGGGCCCGCGGAACGCACAAAUCCUUGCAAGCCUGGUGGCAUAUGUGCGUGAAUUGCCGGAGCCUUGGAUCAUAGGCCGUUUGAUCACCGCAGGAGAAAUCACAUGUACACAAGGUGCCGUGGAAGCCGCAUGCAGCAUUGAAGCUGACUGUAGCAGGUGGGCCAAAGCCAUGGAGGUGUGUCGAGGUGAUCCGCAGGGUCGAGGCUAUCAGGUAGACAAAGUGUGGGGCACCAUUCAAGAGACCCGUGUUGUGCAGGCCAGCAAGGCCACAGCUGCAGGAUGGUGGAGUCGCAUGCGGAGGUGCAUCAUUACACUGCAAGCCCAGCUUAGCCGCAGCACGUGGGAUCAGGUGCAAGGUAAUGCCAAGGCAGCUGACGUUUUCCUGCAAAGGGAAGUGGGCAGGCCUGAGGAGGCAUCCUUUGUUGAGGAGGUUUCGAGAGCCUUUGAGCAGCGACAGGUGAAGACGUUGGGCAAGCUUCGCGAGGCUGCGGAGGCCAAUGAAGCAGAGGCGCAAGUGCAAGCUAGCAAGGCCAGCCAGAAGCAGUACAAAGCGUGGCUCAAUGCAGGCGUGGCGAAAGGAAUGAGGCCUUUGAUCAGAAGCUUGGCCAAGGCUGAAAAUGUGUUCAUUAGGCCUUUUCAAGACACUGCAGUAGAAGAGCGUGCCAAGCUUCGGAGACAGCAAUGGGUCAAAGUGUGGGGGGAAGCGGGAUCGGAGUAUAAACCAGGCAAGGUUUUGGAGGCAAAGGCGUACCAGGAACUUGCAUGUGUGUUGAAUGCCAGUGAGAGAUGCCUGACCGCGCCCAUCCAGUGGCAGCAGCAGCAGGUUUGCAUGUUGGCAAAGAAGCCCACCAUCGAGCGUCCAAUCUACCUCACCUCCAUUACCUACCGACUUUGGUGCUUUGCUAG